CUGGUACUUCUGGCGUCCCGGCCCGCGGGGCGCCCUCCGGAGGCUUCUGUCAGCGACGAGCUCGGCCGGUUCCAGGGCGGCCCUCGAGCAGCGGCCGCUGCUUCGCGCUUCGCGCCUUGGCCCCGCCGGUGGCCGUCCCGGGAGGCGGCGACGGGAUGUGCUCAGCGGGGGAGCUGCUCGGCGGCGGCGGCGACAGCGGCGGGGACCGCGACGAGGACGGGGACGCGCUGGCUCAGCGGGCGGCGACGGGGACCGGUCGGGAGUCCGGGACCAGCGCGCGGCGGCCCGGGCGGCGGCCGCAGGAGGAGCGCGAGCAGGAUUUUGAAGAAUCACAGAACCACACAGAGGAUCCUGUUGGAGAUGACUACAAAAAGAUGGGAACACUUUUUGGUGAACUGAACAAAAGCCUCAUCAACAUGGGCUUCACAAGGAUGUAUUUUGGAGAACGAAUUGUGGAACCAGUAAUAGUCAUUUUCUUCUGGGUUAUGCUAUGGUUCCUUGGCCUGCAAGCCCUCGGACUAGUUGCUGUUCUUUGCCUUGUCAUUAUUUAUGUGCAACAGUAAAAUGUGGCCAAAUAAGCUGUUGUUUGACAUUUGGUAGCCAUCAAUGUAAUUGGUGAAGUUGUCAUAUAUUUCAUUACAUGAAAACGUAAAAGUUUGCCUUGUUUCAAAUUUUGUGCUGUUUUGUAAAUAAAUUUGUAAGUGGAUGUUGUUUAAAAUUAAACUAAAUUCUUGAUUGUAGCAGGGUUGAGUAUACAUGUUAUAGCUUCUUCAGAACUUUUGUUUUACUACUGUGAUCUCUGCCCAAUUAAAUACACCUAUUUCUAUGCCAAAUCUUAAAUAACACCACCAAAAAGUGAGCAGGGAAAAUAACUGUUUAUGGAAUUCAACUUGGGUAAUAUAGGUCUAGUUAAGAACUCCAGUAAAAUAUUUUAGAAAAAAGGAUGAAACAAGGAGCUAAAAAUAAGUUUUAAUUGGAGAAUUGUUCCCCACCCCACCCCCACCUUAUUGGAAUCUCAGAUUUCUGUUGUUCCUGCUCUGCCCAAACCAACAUAAAUGAUAAUUACUCUAUAUUACCUUAAUAUUUUGAUGAAAAUCAGUAAAGCUGGCACAUUUUCUGAAGAUUAGACAGAAUAUAUUUUGUUAUCACUGAGGAAACUUCCCAAGUUAGAUGUAACUUUUUAAUAAUGUAACACUUGGGCCUAGAAUCACUUCAAUAUAUCAUUUAAAGUUUUAGACAAUUUUGGUGCUAAUUACUUUUUUGUGAAUUUUUUAAGUCUCAUAAGGCAGAUCCAUGGUUAGCUGUACCCCAUGGUAACACUGUAUUUUCUUGUAUCUGGCAAGUUGCAUAUUUUUUUCCUAGAGAGAAAAAAUUUUUCAGUGUAUUUUUUUCAAAAAUUUACAUUUUAUAGUUCUUUUAUAGCAAUUAUUCUAAGGUUUUAAAAACCUACUUCCUAUCUUGGCAUGGAUUUUUUUCCCCCAUAAAAUUGAUUGUAUUUUGGCUGAAAUAUUUUACUACUCUUUUAAGGGAAAAAAAUGGCUUAUUUGUUUUGAUAUCUCCAUUGGAAAAUACAGUAUUACAGUAUAAAAACAAAUGCUUACAUUUGGAAAUCAACAGCCAAUUGUAAUAUUCCUGUAAGGCUAAAGCCAAGCCAGUAUUGGCCAGCCAUGUUGUUAAUGUGUUUCAAUUCAGCACUUUGGGGUAUUAAAUUGAAAUAAGCAUUUCUUUAAAAAUACUUUGAAAAUGGAAAAUGGCUUAGUGAUAUUUUGGAUUUCAUUAAAGAACCUAAAAUCUUUACACUUUUGUCUUAAAGAUUUUCUAUGUAGACAAAGGAGGGGUAGUUAAGAUAAUUAUCUAGAAAUUCAAAUUAAAUAAGAGGAAAAUGGGACAAUGGGCAUUUUUAUCUUUGGCAGGGCAAUAACUAAAGUUUAUAGUGUUUACUCCUCCACUUUGUAAAGUUUUUACCCAAUUCUGGUUUAAAAUUUUUAAGUUCUUAGUGUCCUCCAUUCUGAAGCAGAAAAUUGAUGGAAAAUGUUCAACUUAAAUUUCUAACAUCAGAUAAUCCUGAACAAAAAUACCAGUCACAGGACACUAAAAAGUAUUGUAUAUUUGUAUAAAUACAGACCUUUUAAAGUUUGACUUAAAAAAAAAAAAGGCUUUGUACUAUAUCAUUGUGUUUUUAUUGGGUUUGCAAUAUUUUUAUAGCAACCUUUAUGAACUUGGCAUAACUGCAAGUUAUUUGAAAAAAUGUCUUCAUUUGUGCACAGUAGGAUUGUGAGGUUUUUAAUAGAAGUCAUGAGAUUUUGUAUAUCUGCAUUAAAUAUUAAAAGUGCAUUCUUUCCUAAUGCUACCAGGAAUUUUAAUUUCCUUUUGGAAUGUGAAAAAGAUAAAGUGUGCAUAAUAGCUCUGGUUCCACCAGUGUCUAAUGCUGAAAAUAUUUUUAGACUAAGUUUUAAUAAUAAUUAUUUAGUAUGCUGUCAAUACUAUGUAUCUGCACACUGCUGUUAACAGGGUAUAUAGGUAUAUAUUAAAUUAUAUAAAGAAAUGAUAUAUUUUGCUGCUAUUCUUUAUGCAUAUAUUAUUGGUUAGAGCAAUAUAUCAUCAAAUUGCUUUGAUAGGGAAGAAACAAACUGCUUAUCUGAUGAAAAUAAAAUAUUUUCUUUUAUGAAAUAUAUUAGAAUGCAGAUUAUACUGAUACAUGACGUAAAAAGAAACGUCACUUCUUUGAUUCAUGAUAUAAGGAAUUAGAUUGAAAAUGAUUCUCAGAUUAUUUCUAUCUCAUAUACAAGCCAAUUUUGGAAACUGUUACUGCUUAUGAAUAAAGAUACAGAAGUUACCACACUAAGGUUAUUAGAUUAUUAAUUAAUGUAUCUCUCAUACCAACAGCCCUCAAUUCAAAGGAAAAAAGUCAAGAUCUACAAAUAAACUGACUAUAGAUGAAUAAAUCAAUUUUUCUUAAAGUUAAAAACUAAGUAUUUUGUAGAAUUUAGUCAUCUCAUAUCUUAAGCUGUCAUAUGCAAGAUAUUCUCCAAUUGCUGGCCACCAGUCAGAUCAUUCUUGGGCCCAGCAGUACACCACAGCCAGCUUGCACUGGCUUACAAGAGCCAAUUGUGUAUAUUUUUUCCUUACUCUUUUUUCAGCGACAUCAAAUCGGUAGCUUAAAACUAUCUGGGGGACUGAGAGGGUUAACACCAAAAAAAACAUAACAAAUCAGGGCUCUAUUUUCCUGCUGAAGCCAGUUGUUAAAUUAGCACACCACUGAUUUGUCACUUUAGAGGCCACAUUCCCAUUUCUUUUGCUACAGAUAUAAAAGGAAACAUCAAGGCAAAUGCUCAUCAACUAAUCCAGAACUCUGUUUGGAUCUUUUUUCCAUGUGGGAAUUAUGGACGAUGGUUGUCUUCUAACCAACAUAACUCUAUUUAAACAAUCACAUUUUUUGUUCAGAGAAAAUCUCUCUGGGCUGUCACUGAGCUGCAGAUCCAUCAAAGACUAUCCAGGUGAUCAGGAAAUAAAGUUACUACAGAACUGAUGGAGGACAAAUUACAGCAUAAGUAAAGGUCUGUAGUAAAGUAGAAAGCUCAAAAUAGUCAAAGCUAGGUGCUGAGCAGUCAAGGGCUAUUUGAUUUGUAGAUUACAUUUUAGCAAUUACUUUACAAAUGUUGUUUGAUUUCAAGUUAUGUAAAAUGUUUUCAGUCCAUGGCUUUACAAGGUAUAAGAGAAAAAAAAGUAAACUUCCAUACUUGUUAGUACUUCUAAUAAUAGACUUGGCCAAGAAGAAUAUAAACCAAUGUACAAACAUGACUUCAGGAUUACUGCUGGAUUUAGGGUGUUUUGUAGCUCUAUUUUUCUUCUCAACCCCUAAUUUUUGGCAUUCUUUGGGGUUCUUCCCAACAGCCUUUCCUCUCGUGACUAUACAUAGCCUUGGACAAUGUCACCACCCCCAUAGCCUCAGUUACCAUUUCAUACUAACAACUCUCCAGUCUGCUUCUCCAGUUCAAAGCUCUGUACAGAAUAUAUGAUCCCUACAUUCAGUUGUUUGCCCAACUUUGGACUUCCUUAUCCAAUACUACCUCAAAUUUAGUAUGUACAGAAAAGGAAUUGAACAUUUUUCUCCAAAACCGGUCUUCUUCCUAUAUUUCCAAUCUCAGCAAAUGACACAGUCCUUUCCUACAGUACCCACAUUCAACCAAUCACCAAGUCCUAUUUUACUUUGUAAAAAUAUCUUUUAAUUUUCCACUUCCCUCCAUUCCCAGUAUCACUUAGUUGAUACCACCAUCAUCUAACCUAGAUUGCUAUCUCAGAAUCCUAAUUAUUGUCCCUGCUUUUAUUUGCCACUUUAUAGUCAAUAAUCAAAAUGUGACUCCAACCUUGGCCUAAAUCUUUUCAAUGACUUCCUGUUGCCGUUAUGAUAAAGUCCUUAUUCUUCAGUAUGUUUUACAGGGUUCUUCAUGAACUGGGUCUCGCAGAGCUCAUCUCCCCACACUACUACCCUCUCUUUCCGAGACUCAGCUUUACUGACUUGGUUUUUCAGUUCCUUGAGAGAGAUGUGAUUUCUCAUUCUAGAACUCUACAUGUUUUACCUUUAUUCUUUAACCCCUUCCCACCAAACUGACCAACACAUCCACAGCUUUAAAGCCUCAACUUAUACAUGAUAUUCCCCACAAAAAGGUCUCUGAGUCUUUUAUUCCAGUUUUUUACCUCCUAUGCUUUUAAAGAACCCUGUCAGCACUUGUCAUGCUACAUUGUAAUAACUUAUUCAUCAGCUUCCAGUAGACAAUAGACUUCACAAGGGCAGACAACAUAUCUAGUUCAUGACUGCUUUGCCUAACACAAUUUUUGGCAUACAACACAUGGUCAAAAUAUUUAGCAAAUGGAUAAAUCAACUUCAUUUAUUCAUUGUCUCCCUCUAGUGUGUUAACAAAGAAAAUGUACAGUUGGUUGUACUUUAGAAUUGACCAAAAAUAAACAUAUUGUGUGGAUUGGUGUAUAAUGUUAACAUUUAUGAAAUUUAUUCACUUUUGAUGGGAGGAUAUUGCUGUUAUUUGCAUACAUAUGCAGUAUUACUCUAUACAUGAUUUUUUUUAGGAGUGUAUUUUCAGUGUUGUGCUUGAUGAAACCUCUGUUUCUCCAGAAAACAUAUUUUAGAAGACAUAUCAUCAUUAAUGCUAUGUAAAUUUCAUAUAUUCCCCAUAUUUUUCAGUAGACCUUUAUCUGCCAUAUUUUAAUGUUUUACAAAACUCAGAAGUUGUGGGCAAGAAUUCUCAAGUAUCUAAGUUUGGAAUUUUUAGGUGCCAGAGUAAAUUCACUACUGGAAUGUCCUAGUAGCCCAGAUCAUAUGUGUUAAACAACAUGUAUAUGAAGUACUUUGUUAUUUUUUCUAAUAAACAAUACUCUUUCACAA